AUGGCCAAUGCCAGUGCCACCAGAGGCCCUGGUGUCACCACAUUCUAUGGGAUGCGGCUGGUGCCACUGGAGGCCCUGGUGUCACCCCAGGCAAUGGGACACAACUGGCGCCGGCAUCACCAGAGGCCCUGGUAUCACUGUAAAGGGGAGGAACAGGCGCUGGCGGGCACCGUCCUCGCCCUCCUCUGCCUCCAGAUGGGCUCCGGCCCGGAGGGGGAAGAGGUGUUUCGCAGCCUGAAGCCCCUGCUCGUCAGCAUCCUGACAGACAGCGCGGCCAGCCCCAGCGCCCGGCAGAGCUGUGCCACAGCCCUGGGCAUGUGUUGCUACAUUGCUGCUGCUGACCUCGAGGACCUGGUCUCAUGCCUGUCCUGCUUAGAGGGCAUCUUCAGCCCCCCCAGCGCAGGUGAGGGGGGCUCAGCACCCACCCAGCACGGCCCUCUGCACUGCAGCGCACUCCAGUCGUGGUCCCUGCUCCUCACCAUCUGCCCCCCCUCCCACAUCAAGAGCGUCUUGGACAAUCGCUGGCUGAAGCUGCCCCCGCUGCUGUCCAGCAGCAGCGUCGCACUGCGCAUCCUGGCCGGGGAAACCAUCGCGCUGGUCUUUGAGCUGGCCCAGGACAUGGAGGAAGAUUUGUGCCACCAAGAUACAGAGUUCCUGCGUGCCCAGCUCAAGGUCCUGGCUACCGAGAGCAGCAAGUACCGAGCCAAGACGGACCGACGGAAGCAGCGCUCCAUCUUCCGGGACAUCCUGCGCUUCAUCGAGAGCGGGGAGUACCAGGAGGAGACCAUCCGAUUUGGCCUGGAGUGCAUGUACCUGGACAGCUGGGCACGCCAGCGGACCUACCAAGCCUUUAAAGAGGUGCUGGGCUCUGGCAUCCGCCACCACCUCCAGAACAAUGAGCUGCUACGGGAGAUCUUUGGCCUCGGGCCCCCCUUGGUGCUGGAUGCGGCUGCUCUGAAAGCCAGCAAGGUCUCCCGCUUUGAGAAGCACCUCUACAACUCGGCUGCCUUCAAAGCCCGCACGAAAGCCCGGAGCCGGGUGCGGGACAAGCGGGUGGACGUGCUGUGA